CUUCAUCACGUCUAUUGCGAGAAUUUAGUGAGAUGUAAACUGUCAUGGUGGGCAAUGAGCCAUUCGUUAGAGUAAACUGAACACACUUUCCACAUUAUGGCUAGUGACGACGGUGUCAUUUUAACAAAUGAUGAUGCAGCGCAGUGUAAGCGCUUUGCAGUAGAAAAGAAGUAUUGGGCGGACCCCUACAUUUCUCUUAUGACACCAAGAAGCUCCGCAAAACAUGCGCCUGAAAUCAGUAGGGGUUACUAUGCCAGAGUGACUGCCAUGCGCUCGCUGUUGCACAAGUUCUUAAAAUUAACAGAUAGGAAUUGUCAAGUUGUCAACUUUGGUGCAGGGUCAGAUACAAACUACUGGUUGCUGAAAGAUAUGGAUAUGUAUCCUAAAUCCUUCAUUGAACUAGACUUUAAAUCAGUGACAGCAAGGAAAGUCAACCAGAUAAAACGCCAUGAAGCACUUCUACAAAUUAUUGCUUCAGAAGAUGGGGAUAUAAGAUUAAGCAAGUCAGAAAUCCAUGGGAGUGACUACCAUCUUGUAGAUGCUGAUCUGUCAGUUUUGUCACAAGUGGAGAAAAAACUUCAGGAAUCAGGAAUAGAUAAAACUUUACCAACUCUGUUUAUGGCCGAGUGUGUGCUAGUUUAUAUCGAAUUUAACAAAACUAAAGAAUUGCUGACAUGGAUUGCGGACCAGUUUCCUGCUGCCAUGUUUAUAAAUUAUGAACAGGUGAACAUGGCAGACCGAUUUGGUGACAUAAUGAUAGAAAACUUGAAGUCUCGAGAUUGCUUUCUGGCAGGAGUGGAGGCUUGUAAAAGUUUGGAGACACAAAGGCACAGGUUUCUAGAUGUUGGCUGGGAGGGAGCUGAUGCUAUGGACAUGCUACAGAUCUACAAAUGUCUGCCACAGGCAGAUGUUCAUAGGAUAGAGAAGUUAGAAUUCAUGGAUGAAAAAGAACUUCUGGAGCAGCUUUUAGGCCAUUACUGUUUAGUGUGGGCCUGGAAAGACCCGAAUAACCUAGGAUUGGCUGAUCUUGAUGUCACAUGAUCCUAACCAAGGGAAUUAUCUGUACCCAAAGUUUAUACCAUUGCUUGAUGAAAUCCCACACAGCUUCAUGUCAAACUGCCAGUUUACUUAUUUAUACAGAUUUAUGUAUAUCGGGCUGCUGUGUUGUGGUAUCUGAUUAUAUGCAGGAAUUGUUGAUGACUUUAACUUAUGGCUGCUUUUAAUGUGUCGCAAAAUAAACUGUUGCUCCGUUU